CCUCAAUAUGAUCAAUACAGAUCCAGGGUUGUGUAGAUGGCUAGGAAACAGGUUUCCUAAUGAAAGGUGAGUGGGUAUCGCAGAGCAGAGCUCGUGAGCUGUUCGGGUUGAGCGCCUCGGACCUGCAGGCCAAUAUAUCGCAUGUAAUCGACGAAUCUUGUACCAAUAAAGACGACACAUCGCAAUCCAAUGUUGCCGAUAUAAAAUGUGUACGCUAUCCGCGGGUCCCGCUGACUGUACGUCUGGUUAAAAACCCGCGGGGGUACAGAUUGCCAAUGCGUUUGUACAAGACAUCUGAAUUACAAGCUUUAAGCCAACACAAGCGGGUGGAAACGGCUCCCCGGAAGCUUCCAGAUAAAACUACAAAAAAGACACGCAAAAAGCGUAUAGAAAAGUGUCUACCACAGGUCCAGCAGGAAUGCAUAACCAAGGGACAUACCUUUGUGAAGGGUCUUGAAAAUAUGCAUCAAUGCACUGUUUGUGGCCAGACGGUUGAGAUAGAGAUUAUAUGACGUCUAUACGGGUAUAUCAUCUGGACCCACUGGUAGAGA